GCCACUUCCCACAUCGAGUUGCACUGUAGUUGCAACUUGCACGCCGGCUUGUAACAUUGUUAUCGGCCGUCUUCCGUAUUGACAGUAACGAACAAUUCGUUUUUUGUUGGAAUUAUCUUAUCUCUUCACGUGUGCCCGGUGGAGCCCCACACUAUUCUCCGUUUUCCUGACAACGAGUUGAGCACACUCGCAGGCGUCGACUGCGAAGGAAAACGUGCCGAAGCCGUUCCAGCGAACACACCAUUCCCGCUUCGUCUGGAUAGCGCGGGCAGUUUGGAUACCUACGUAUGUAACAGCGGUAGUUGUGGUUGCUACCGCAUGCACUCAUUUCACCGCGGGAUUUUUCACUGACGUUAAUGAGUCAUCGAGCUUCCGGCGUUGUAGUGACGCUCCCUUAAGACGCGUAUCUUCUCCUACAAAGUCAAUUGGAAAGACGCCAUCGUUGCUGGCGCAAACAAACAUCAAAUUACCACUCAUCGGUUUCUGAUAACGGCAUCUCGCGAAGCCGACUUUUGCUGAAAAUCAUAUUCAUGGCUACUUCAGUCUGAAAAUUUUGAAGUUAUCACCGCUGCGAUUUGAAAAAUUCGACGACCUUCGCUUCUCUUGCCGCCUUAAUUAGCACGAUCAAGACACAAUUGGCGCUCCGAAGUUAUAAAGAAACACUGUAUUUUCACGCUGUUAAAAUGGCCGACGAAGUCAUCAAUGAGGGCCACAUCUUGGACUCUGAUGUUAACGAAUUUUUGCGGAAAGGGCUCCAAAGGCUGCGACCCGACGACGAAGCGACGAACUCUGCAAGCGAGACCGAUGAAAGCAUGCAACAAGGUGCUGACCUUGAAUACAACGACAAGCUUUCAGAUAAGGAUGCUGCCUUACUCCGGCGUUUGUUGAGCUCAGGAACUCCCGUGAAGAAGCUGUGGAUAUUCGAAUGCUCGCACGGCGCGUUCAAGGUUGCCUUCGACGGACUCGAGGAAUGCCCUUCGCUGCAAGAAGUCCUACUUUUUCAUCUUGACUGCGAAGGCAAAGACUUAGGCAUACAUCUUUCUGGAGCAUUUAGAAGCCUGCGCUCGUUAGACUUGCGCUGCAUCAACACAGGGAGUGGAUUCGCGAAGGACAUCGCAAGCUAUAUCCAAGAGAACAAGUCGCUGAGAGAACUCAGCCUCUGGAACUCGUGUGGCGGCGACGAAGGUGCCGCGGCUCUCAUCGAUGUGUUAACGGCGAACGAAACCAUCAAGAGGUUCACCUUAGCAGCGAUGGAGUUAUCUUCGGACACCUUGAUCGGCUUCACCAAGAUGCUGGCAUCCAACUCGACGUUGGAGUUGGUGGACCUUUUCGAUGUGUGUCCUGUAAAAAAGGACCAAGUGUCACGUUUGUUGGAGAAGGAACAGUACGCGAGCGCCUUCAAAAGGCUUCGCUUCCUGUGGCCCGAGGAACUUCUUCCCCAACUCACGAGGCUUCUUCGUGAACAAGCGUGCAAUCCAGAGCUGUCCGUCAGCGUCACUUCCUCGGUAGACGAGGCCAUUCUUCGGGAAUUCUUUGAUGCUGUGGCCGAGGACACGACGCUUCGAAUGCUCCAGUUUUACCCGAGGGAGGACGUAUUCGAUGCACUCGCGGACGGCAUCGCUUCCGUAGUGAAGCGUACGAAGACACUCCAGGAAAUUUGCAACGCCAUGUGCGUGCAACAAGGUAAAGAGCGCCAGCUUGUCAGCGUCCUCGAUGCCUUGAAAGAGAACCACUCCGUUACGAGGUUCACAAUGUACGUCGAAUUGCUGACUCCUGAAAUAGCGACGUCCCUGUCGGAGCUACUGUCUGUGAACAACACAUUGAAUUACGUGGCCAUAUGCUACUACUGGGGAAUCUUGCCCGGCGAGGUAGAAACCAUCCUAAAAGGUUUGAGGAAUAACUAUACCUUGACAGGUCUCAUGGUUUCCUGGGACCCUGAUGACUCCGAUGGAAUCACCGAGAUGGAAGAGCUCUUGGAGAGGAACGUUCGUCUCCAAAAGAAGGCGGCGGAGUUCGUGGUUUCUGGUUGUGGGGACGUCAGCGAUGAGGAAGGCGCGGAUGCUUUGAGGAAACUGCGCUCAAGCGCUGGCCUUGUAGAGAAGGUGCGGAAGCUUACCGGCAAGACCACAGAGGCAGCGUUAAAAGAAAUUCAGUUAGCUUUAGCUCGCUUGUCUGUAUGAA